ACCUGAUGAAAUGAAAUUCCCAAAACCACCGCGUGCAGUCCUGCAGCGUCCGCGCCCAGCCCAUCAUGACUAUGAUGCUGAGGCAGCGCUGUGCACUUCGUCCCCCCCGUUAUCUCCGGCGCGCUCUCAGAUGAUUGAUGUUGAUAUCGCAUUCAAAGACCGAGGCAGCCAGUUAUCGUCCGAUGAGAAAUCGCCCGCCGAGUGUCACAGCCCAGAAAAUGGAGGCCAAAAGGAUGGGGACAGCAGCAACGAAAAGACACCCAAGCAACCCCGACGGCACAAAAAACACCGAGACCGGACUGAUAAGUUAAAAGAUAUAUUGGAGCCGAUUCUUGGCUCGGAAGACGGCAAGUCCUGCGUCCUGUUGCUCUGCUGUGGUACCCCCUCGGCAUGCCGUGUACUACCAGUUUUGAUCCCGAUCUCAACCGUCACAACGGACUAUGUCGGUCAGUGGAUUCUGAUUAAAGACUCUUGGAACACUUUCCAUAAGAGCUGGAGACACCGACUUCCUUUUUACGGUGUUAAGCAGGUUUCUUUAGCCUCGGUAUCACUCCUAGCACAGGUCGGGUCGAGCAGUUCGAACAGAUCCGGUAAUGGACAUUCUCAGUUCCUUGGCGCUUGUACGCCAGAAGACUUGGAAGGUCAGAUGCAGCAGCAACAAGCCAUCGUUGAUCAAGUGCCAGACAGGGAAUUCGCCUGUUAUUAUGAUCCGCACAGUGGAAUAUUCGAGCAUUGUCAAGAGUGCGACGACUACAGAGAAGCCCACGAUAAUGUUUUCGAGCCAUAUGAGUCGGCUUACGAAUGUCCCUUUGAGAAUAUUAGAGAGGCGAAGAGAAGGCUAUUGCAACUGUCCAGGAGAAAGUCAUUCCUUACCUUGGCCUUCCAGCGUCCCGAAGUGAGCGAGGCGAAUGAUCUGAUCCCAAAAAGCCGAUUUUACUCACACUUUCUCAGAGAAGUACUGAGGCUCUUCGACGAAUGGGGACGUCCUUCGCUUUAUGAAUUGCCCUUUCGGGGGCUAUUAGUCGAGGAAGGGUGGCUUCUCUCAUCCCAAGCUGUCUUCCUUGUCUACGUCGGCGGCAUAUUCAUCCUUGCGGUGCCAUUGAGGCUGAUGUUUGGAGGUUGGGAUGCUGCUUGGGGAGCUGCAAGUUGCCUUCUGACCUUGGCCAUGUUUGGAUACCAAUAUACCAAGGAUCAGUCCGGUCACAAGGCACUAUUGAAAUAGCAUCUCCUUUUAAGUCUGUUCAGAUACUGAAUUUCCACGAGAAAUCUUAACACCAAUGGC